AAACUUAAACAGUUAUGGGGACUGAUGAAUGUCUAAGAUCAGUGCACUUUUCCCACUGAUUGAUAUGGACCUGCGCCCCGCGCUGGCAAUUACUGGAGUGAAAAUGGAAGGGGUUGCCACAUACAUUUCUUGAUGGCACUUAUUAACUUUUUCUCUGUAUUUGUUAUGAACACAGUAACUUUAAGCUUGUAAGUCCAUUAAUGUUAUGUUGUACUGCAAUGCCUUCUUAACCCUAACCCCCUUGGGUGUAUUGAAAUAGGAUUUGUGGUUAGGGUUAUGGCCCGAAAAAUGCCAAAGUCAUAAUAUGAAGCCACCUGAAUAAUCAGGGAUGCUUAAAAAUGAACAAACUUUGACUGUAUUAAUCUGAUCUCUUAAAGUAAAAGUCACUACCUUUGUGUAGAUGGGAAUUACAUUGGACACUGUAUGUAGCCAUAUGAGGAUUACAGGGAAAUACAUGUGUAAAUCACCCGUGCUGGGCAUCAAUCUACCGUUGAAGUUGCAACAGCCCAACCACAAAAAGGGAUCCAAGACCAAGAAAAGCACUAAACAUACGUGUAGACAUAGGCCUAAUGUAGACAAACUACAUAAACCUUAGCCGUGCAUAAGGUACAUGUAGAACCAGGAACCGUCACAUUGACUUAUGGUGAUGAACAAAACAUCCAGAGACCCUGUCAUGCCAUUUCACCCUCUUUAUACAUGUACAUCCUUUUUGCAGUCUCAUCCAAUUAUUGUUUUAUCUUCACUGUGAAUUCUUCAGGCACCACAAAGUUAAAGAUUCAUCAGGGCUCUAGGCAUUUGCCUCACACAAAAUGAUGGAACCGCAUGCUAAUCAAAACAAGCACAAACCGACAAAAAAGGGGCAAGAUGCUGGCUGGCAGACAGUCGCAACAAGGAAAAAAAUUUCUCCUAAAGGAAGUCCACAACUAAGUCCAUCUGUGACACCUGCAGACAAUCUUCACAGCAUGGUUUCAGCACCAAGACCACAGAGAAACGGCUCUCAGCCAGCAAUUGCAGGUCCAGAUGGAAACAAGGAGUGGAAGAGUCCAAGCACCCUGCAGGAUGUUGUCAAACACAUUCAUGCUAAAAAAUGGAAGCCCGUCUUCCGGGAUCUGAUGGCUACCUCUUGUGGUGAAGAGUCAGUUGAUGUCAUGAUUGGCGAUAUCGAGAAGAACCACCAAGGUGAUGUGGCCGAGAUGAAAUAUCAGGCCUUGAGGAAGUGGAUAAGCGAAAUGGGAAGUGCUGCAACUUCGGAGAAGCUGAAGCAGACAUUUGAGAAGAACGCGUGCCCAUGGCCAUACGGGGAAGAUGGAUCUCUCGUGGUGUCAGCCUCUGGUACUGCACAGAAAUCGGAGCAAAAACAGACUGGUGCACGACCUAAAGAAAGGAAGCAGAGAUCGCCGGUGCAACUCUGUUGGGAUGGACAACAGCUGUUUGUCCACAGAGGAACAGACACAAAAAUAGUUCCACUACAGGGCAGAUUGGAUGAAGAUGAAACACAAGAUCCUAUUGUAAUUACUGAUGCCAUGCUGGUCUCUAUCAUCAAUCCCAAUCACUCUGACAACAGCUACUUAAUGGGGCUAAACGAAGUCAAGGAGCGCUUCCAUGAGAAAUAUGGUAAAAGUUUAUCCUUCAAAGACCUUAGUGUAGGAAGGAUGGAGUCCUUUGUUAAAGGGAAGAGUCGAUGUCUGAAACUAAUCCAGCAUGAGGGGGAAAAGAGCGUACUUCACAAUCAGACAAGGGUUGGUAAAACAAUGUCUAGUUCAGAAUCGAGUGAUUCUGACAGUGACACUGAAAGUGAAAUGGGCAAUUUUGAGUAUGAGACAGCAUCUGAAAUGUCAUCAGCCUGUCCGUCCCCCCCUGCACAGUUUCCGAAAGAAGAAAUACAUAGCCAUUGGCAAAUGCCAAAGAAAAGCCCACGGGCCUUGAAAGUAAAGCAGCUCUCAAAAACAGGGGAACAAACACUAGAGAGAAAAUAUUGCCCAAGCGUGAGUGAAGAUGAGCUUAGGAGUCUACUUGAAAAGUGCGAGGGGAGGCAUCUUAUUGUUAGAACAGAGGAGGAGUAUCAAGGAGAAUAUGGAAGGGUUGUGUUUACAAGGGAUGUUGUAGCUUUGUGGAAUACUCCACGAAAAGGCAAUGAUGAUGCUUACAUUGUUGUUGGUGUAAAACCUGCAACCUCUCCUCCUCAUGAUUGUCAAGGCCUAAAACAGACUGGUAAACUGAAUGAAGACUACCAAGAAAUGUUUAUGGAGCAAAGUUUCUCAUACAAGCCACCAUUUUCAUACUCAGAGGUUCAGUAUUCAAAUAAAAUGCUUGGCACUGUGCGUAUUGUCAAUGGCAAGGGUUAUGGAAAUGCAUGUUAUGCUGAGGACACAAAUGGAGAAUGGUCCCAGAGUGAUAUCUUGUACCGAGACGGCAAUAAGUUCACCAGCGCAACUCGAAAAGAGCAGGGACACAUAUACAGCUGGUUUAAUAAGACGAAAGUUUCAAGCAUGCAAAAAGAUGGCGCAGAUUCCAACUGGAAAACUUUCAUGGAUCUAAUGGAUGUUGACAACCAUCAAAGACGGAGCUACUGUUUACUAGUAAGUCGUUGCCCGAGUGAGUAUUCUGAUUUGUCUGCCUUGGGCAACUUCCCUUGGGUUAAAAUCUGGGAUUUUGAUCCUGACAGUAGAGAGAGUGGCUUACUGUCAAAAUGUGAGGCAGAGAUUCAGGAUCAGGUAAGUAUAAGGACAUGGAAAGAUCCUGUUCAAAUAUCAUUCUCAAACUCCUGUAGAGAGUGGCUGUUUGUUAGAGGCUUGAGGAACAUAGAAGAGAGUCUAGUUCUAGGCACAGUCAAGGAGUGGGGUAAAAUGGUAGGAGCGUCUCUUAAUGCACACUGUGAUCAGAUCAACAGGAUUUGUGAGACUAAGCCACUGACGGUGGUGGUUCUUUGGUACGGAAGCAUGGACUGCUUGAGGCACCUGCACAAAGCCUUAGGAAAGAUUGAUGAGUGUCCAAGUGGUAUAAAAUAUAUCAUUUGCAUGCACCAGACACCAGGUGAUGAAGACAGUCAAGGUGUGGUAAGAGAAUUGUGCAGGCAACUGGAAAUACCAAAGGUAAUUGAGAUACCCCUUGAACGGCUAUGUUUUGAAAUGAGCAAGCUUCUUUGUUGUCAAAAACCAUCAGCUAAGAGGCAUGAGCUUCCAGGAGAUACCAUUCUCAAAAGCCGUGAUUCAGAAUGGCUUCAGCAAGAACUUGAUGUACUCUUCAAAGGUGAUUUUCAAACAGAUGAGAGGCCCAACCAGGGAGAGGUAUUUUUGAAAGGUGGCAAUCUCACCUGGCCCGAAAUAGAGUUAGGAGUCUACGAUGCAGAGCGAUUCAUUGCAUCAAAACUUACUGCCUCCCUUCAGAAGAGGCUUCACAAUGGCCUUUCAGGCAUUGUCACCCUCUUCCAUGAGCCGGGAGCCGGUGGGACGACAUUGGCCCGUCGAACGCUCUGGGAUCUCCAUGAACAGUUCCCGUGUGCAUGCACCAUUUCAGAUGUCAUUGACCCUUGUGCAAUUUAUUACAGGCUAGAAAAGCUGUAUGAAAGUACCCACCUGCCCAUUCUUCUUCUUGUCGAUGGACAGGAAUUGAGACUUGUGAAGGAGCUGUUUGAGAUGAGCCAGAAUAUCCAUCUCAUCAUGCUGAAUGUACAGAGGUACAGAGUGCAGAUUGGGAACAAAGUUAGCAAAGGAGAUAGAUUUUGGCUCAGAGGUGAGGUCGACAAGAAAGAGGCCAUUCGUUUUAGUCAGGUGUUUUCACAAAAAUGCAGUGGGGAAAGACGGCAAAUGUUGGAUCAAAUGGUCGAAGAGGUUGUAGCAGAGAAUGCCUCACACUAUGUGUACGAAUUUGGAUUGACAGUUUAUGACAAGAAAUACAUUGGAUUAAGAUCUUAUGUUUCAGGGUACCUGAACCUGAACAGUGGAGGCUUAGCCAGCUGGCAGCGAGCAGUCGGCUACUUGGCUCUGGCUUUCUACUAUGGCCACAUAAGUAUUCCUUGCCAGUUCUUCUCUAUCCUUUUUGAUAAGGAGGAGUCAGAGGUCCUGAAGGCUGAUGAUGUCAUGACACACAGUGGAAAGCAGUUUGUUCUGGAGGACGUCAGAAACUGCACCUGGAGGAUAACACACCAUGCUGUUGCCCAAGAAAUCCUGGAGCAGAUACUUUGUGGUCGGCGGAAGGAUAACAAAGAUCUCGGGCUUAGCAUAGACGCUCGCAGGAACCUGAAAGAGUUUGCAAAAGAAUUCUUGACAUAUGCUAGCAAGAAGCAGCAGAAGUUAAAGUUUGACUCCAGUUCUGCCUUCAUGCGCAUUGUGCGCGGUAUUUUCAUCCAUCGGGAUUACAAAGACACUGGGCAGGACGAGUACCAUAAACGUGACCGCCUUUCCAGACUACUGUGUGACUUACCUUGCUCAAAAACUUCAACACACCAGCUAGACGUGAUGGAACACCUGGUGUCAUGCUUCCCUGAGGAUCCAACAUGCAUCAUGCACUUGGGAAGAGCACAUAUUAUCACACAAAACUUUGACCUUGCUGAAAAGCAUUUGGUAAAGGCUAAAGAUCUUCGUAAAAGAGAAAGAAGGGCCAACCAGGACAAAUAUGACACUAGCAGGUUGUCUGGUGACAAAGGAAAAGAGGAUACCCGCGACAGCGACAGUAUCCUUUGUACAAUACACCACACUUUAGGCUAUCUUUCCCAUGAGAGAGUACAAAAACUCAUUGGUGGUAAACAUGGUAACAAGUACAGGUGUACCCUGGAUGAAACAGGCGACAUUUUGGGUCAGGUAAUCAAACAUGCUCGUACAGCAGUUAACCACUUCACCAACUGUAGGCACUUUCGCAGCCAAGGAAUGGAUGCAAGUUACGGUUACAUUGGUGAGAUAAAGAUGCGCUUGCACGUUGCAGACUUUGUGGAGAAAUGCUACAAAAAAGGUGGUUAUUAUGGAUUCUUGUCUAGAGAACAAAAUGAGAGUGGGCUUACAGAUUUUGUUGAAAGCUGCUUCACUUGUGUUGAAAGUCUUCUCAGAGAGUACGAGGACCUGAUGCCACCAACGGGGCAGGCUGAAAUUGAAGAGCUUGACAGUUGUCUUAACCUGUUCCAUGCCAUUUUUCAUGACCCGGACACUGCACUGAAGUUUUGGCAAGGUAAGGAAGGCGUGGACAGUAACAGAAGCAAAAUUGCAGUCUACAAAUUGAAACACCAGAGGCAUCAUCUCAAGGCAUCCGCACACACAACGCCAUCUCAAGUUCUGAAAUGUAUCACAGCUGAAGAUAUGCCAAAAGUCAUCCAGCUGUAUGAGGGCAUUUUCCAUGAUGCUUAUAUGCGAAGCAUAAACACUGACUUAAGUAACGAUUUGAAAGAUUGGAUGCUUGCCAUUCGCUUCUCUCAGCAGUCUGACAUCUACUCCAUUGCAGGGAAGGUACUUCCCCAAGUUGAAAAGUGUUGGGAUGUGUCUCACUCCUCAGCUAUGGUGUUGUAUUACAUGUACACCCUAAACACUACACUUGCUUUGGUAACCCAGCAAACAAAGUACGUGGUCGAGUCCAACCGUCUCCGAGAGAAACUGAAGAAGAUGCACUCCAAACUUGGUCGCCUCCACAGAAAAUAUGCAUGGGAAUGGCUAGGAGCCAAUAAAGAGGAUCAUAGUAUCCGACGCCUGGUGCACAGAAGUUUUUUGGGUGAUUGGGAUUCAGAGAAACGUUUCUGGAAAGACGAAAAGGCACAUGAGAAACUGGAAGUCUGCACAGGGAUAAUACGUAAUUGUAAGAUGCCUCUCCAUGGACACAUUGGUAUCACAACUGGCGGCCUGAAAGUAGGUCAUCACAGCGGCUCACUUCAGGCCGUGUUUGUGCCAAAACAGUAUGAACUGUUUGGCCGGAACUACCUCAACGCCGAAGUCGAGUUCUACAUUGGUUUUAAUAUUGAGAAUGGCAUUGAAGCAUAUAAUGUGUUAGAGCUUAAGAAGUACACCUGCAAGCACUGUAAAGUUACGGUUUCUGUGUCCAAAUUGACCAAACCGCCAACGAAGACCUGCCAUAGGUGUGGCCAUGCUAUCCAAGUGCCUAAAGAUUCCAAGUAAGUCUGAAAUGAUACAGCCAAGUUUUGCCACACUGCUAUGCAAAUUACAUUUACCAGAUGAUACAAUAGCAUGCUUUGCAAAGAACACCUGUAUACGCCUACAUAGACGCACAUUGCGUAUCAGUAGCUAUGGCACACGCACAUUGUACCAGUACAGUCAUGGAGAUAUGUAACAUUUUAUACAUGUAACUCCAUGGUACAAUUACCAGUAAGUGCAUUUUUCUCAGUGACAAAGAUGCAUAAUCCUUUAGACACGGAGCACUUAACAUGGUAAAAUUGUUUCAUGUUCUCCCUCUUUUAUAGGCUUUGUAAUUUUAUCAAUAAGACCCCCCUUUAUUCAAAUCUGUAAGGUACCACAUCAUGCAAAUCUUGUAACCAUCAUUUUGUACGUAAUGGCAAAUGAGUAUUCCCUUUCUGUAGCAGUUUGAUGGUCACACUCAGAAAGUGCAAGGAUGCAUGUCUCUAUCCAUAACUGCCAAAAUGCAUAUAAAAGAUGUCAUGUGCGGUAGUACAUGUACAUAGUUUCCGGCAUUGAAAAGUUUGCUGGUACAUAUCAUGUACUUCCCUGAUGACACAGACUUGUCAAUGUCUUGUUUGGCUUUGUCUUGGUGUGGGAUGCACUUUUGCAAAACACGUGGCAGUGCAUGUGUCUCAGCCAGUGUCUGUGCAGUAUUUGCCAGUAUUCCAAUUGCUCAUGAACAUGCACCAAUUGUUAUACUUUUUGGUUUGAUCUUGAUUUUUUGCUUUAAAAAAAUGCUAUAAACAGUAAAGCCUUUUUUUUCAUGGGCAGUACCGUGAUGUUGCAGUAAAUUCUAGAAAUGUAGAUUUGUUGUUAUGAAUGUUCUUUCAUGUCAACACUUAUGAAGGAGCACUUUCCAACAAUUUCUGCCUAGUGCUUUCAUUCUUUCUGAGGUGGUGAAGGACACCCACUAUCCAGUGACUGAGGAAGAUUACAUUGUGCAUCUUUAUGAGACCCAGUUCAUUAAUAACUCCACUGUUGGGUUGAUCGUGCUCAGUCUUUCUCCUAGCUGUUUUUCUGGAGGAUAAUUCUUAGCUUUUCUCUGAGAUAGUGCAUGUAUAUCGUAUAAACUUGAAACUUGACAUGAACAUCAACCCUGCUCCCUAAAUGUGCAUACAGUGGAAUGCCAGAGAGACAUUAUCAAGUGACUUUGGGGUGCGACAGGUCUUGAGUUGUUCAACUAUUUCUUCUAGGUGUAUAAGCCAUCUGACCUUUGCGUCCAGUGUUAGUAAAGUGACAAAGUUAAGGUGCAUGUACAUGUUGAGUGAAAAAAAAAUUAACAAAAUUAGGACAUUAGUGUGAAAUCUUGUACAAAUGUGAACUUUGACAUCGAGAUGUGUGUUUGGUGUGGUCACUACAUGUAUCACAUCAGAUAUUACAAGGGCAUGAAGGGGUUUAAAGUCAAAAGUAAUGCUUUGACUAUAACUCUGGAAGUGAAUGAGGUUGCACCUUUAUAAGUUGAGAGCUGGCAGAUCAUACAUGUAUCUUGGUCAACAUUACUGACUGAGGGAAAGUCACCAGACCUUGAUUUCCGGGGUAAAUGAACAUGCAACGAUAUGGGAUUGUUACUCAAACACAGAACAUUCCCUCUAAAGAUUGCUGGCAUCACAAAAUGAGAAGGUACCCUGACAUCUAAUACAUGUAUAUUACAUUUGAGAUUUAUCUUUUUUUGAAAGUGGACAAAAACCACUUGUUAGACAUAUUAUUUGUCAGGUUUCAAAAUGACAUCAUCAUUCUGGAAAUUAAUGAAGAGACAAUUUAGAAAUGAUCAAUUUCCUCUUAAUUUGACUUCGUGAUUUACAUGUACAUGUAAUAUACAUGUACUGGUACUUGUACUGCAGUGGGCCGACCUCUCACAAACAAUUAAUUGCAAUAAUGGCAUUUCCCGAAAACACAACGAAACUUCUGUGACAUCAUCAAACUAGACAAAAAAGUUUACUCAAAAGAUAACUGUAGAUUUUUUUUAAAUGAACAUGUGUACAUGUAUGUGAUACAUGUACCUACCUGUUCCUGAUGCAUUCAUACACAAACAGCAGACAUGUCCAUCUGCAUUAAUUGUUCCUGUACUUAGUAAUUCACCUGCGCUUUCAUACAUGUAGGCCAUCAGAAGAAACUCACGUGAGUACCAGUAUGAAAUGUACUUCAAAUGCUGUCUCAACUCAAAAUACCUAUUUUCUGCUGAACAUUCAAGGUUUCAAAUCAAGAUUUUCUUCAUUUACAGUAUUUAUUUGCAUUGUGUAUUUAGCAGUAUGAAUACUUGCAUACAUGUGUGUGUAGGAUUAGUUGUAUAUACAGGUACAUUUGUACAUGUACAUAUAGAUCAAGUACACAGAAAUAUUAUUUAUAUUUUGAUACACAAAUUUACGCUUCAUGUAUCAAAAUAUUAUACAUGUAGCUCUGCCAUCUUAAGACUGAAAUCCAAGUUAAAUAAAUUGUUAUAUCAGAGGCAGAGAAAAAGAUACUUAUAUUUAUUUUAAGAUACAUUUUUGUCAUAUUCAAACUGUUGCAGGAUUUAUCAAUCACUCGGCAAUGAAAUACAUACAUGUACAAACGUACAUUUAAAGUACCACAAUGCAUAUUAAAUUACUUUGCAGUUAAAUGUUCCUGUAGUAUGCUGUACAGUGCCUAAUUAAUAGAUAGAUUUGAUGCUACAGUUUUAUCCCAGUACAUGUACAAAGAAUGUGCCGUCAGAUGAACUGUGAAUCUCGGCAAAAAGUUGCUGACGUCAAUUUUGUUACUGACGUGGUAGCAUGAGGAAUGUGAUUGGGCAUGUGUGCAGAAUGGUGCUGCAGUAUUGUGUCAGAGGAAGCUAAGACUUUUACAUGUACAGAUAAAUAUAAUAUAGCCAGUGUGUAAUUAAUUGCGUACAUUUCGAGACAAAAAAUUAUUUAAGUGGCACAUUCCCUAAUUGUCAAAAGGCCAUUUGUACUAUACAAGUCUGAUCAACACAGAGUAAAUGUACAGCUGCAGGUGUUUAGUGUUAUGGAAGUGAUUAUUAAAGUACUUACUCUCAAAGAUAGGACUCACACAUGUACAAAACUACAUUUUAAAAUAUCAUUUUUUAUGUAGAUAGGUUUCUACACAGCAGUAUUGUAUUCGAGUCCAUCACAAGUUUAUCACAAGUCAUUCAGUCUUAAACCAAUUCACAAGCUAUUUAAAUGAGCUGUGACAAAAGCAUUCUUUUGUGAUUGUCCACCCUGUUAGUUAUGACUGGCCCAUUUGAAGCAAGAUAGGGACAGAGAGAAACCCCCCUGUCUUUG